AUGGCCGACGCCGCUGUGCCGUCGCAGCAACCGACCGAAACGCACACCCCCAGCGAUGCGCCCGACGGUGGCUACGGUAAUUACAUGUCAGACAUGACCAUGGCGCAGCAACCAAGCAUAGAGCCACAGCCCACCAUGCCACCUGGUGCCGCUUCGGAGAGCGAGGAGCGUGCAGACGAGACAGAACCUAAUCAUGAUGAGGCAGACCUCCCCGACCAUCAAUAUCAGCACGAGCAUCAGCACCAGCACCAGCACCAGGGCUACCAUAGCCUAGCACAGCAGGCGGAUCCUUCAACGCCCGGUGUCGCCACUCCUGCCGGCAAUGGCGCUGCCAUGCAGGGUCUGACCUCCUUAGGGGGUCCCGUUCUCCUGCCGGGCCACGCUCAAGGCCUGCCACCCAACUCAUAUCAUCUGGCUCAAAAUAUGACCCCCAUGAUCAAUUACCAGGGCGAAGGUGGCUACCUGCCUUCCCCAAGCCAUGCCAUGGAUGCCCCGGCCGGCGAGGAAAUGAUGCAAAACGCCGUGACGCUGUUUGAAAAUCUCUUCCCAGCCUGUGUACCUGCAGUCAUGGAGAAUAGCAUUCCUGAAGAGAUGAUAAGCAAAGCACGCGGCUGGAACAAGGCGGACCUGAGGACCGUGCUUAGUAGCAUUCCACUCCGUGAGCGACUUGACCUCAUGCUUAUUCCGCGCUCUUUGUUCGAACUGGCCGUCAAAAUGCGCCGUGAUCACAGCAAUGGGGCUCCGCGCACGCGGUUCAGCGUGGAAAUCAGCUCUGAAGAUAGUGAUGCCAGCGGACGCAAACGCACCCGAUUUCGUUGCCUUGCCUGUCACCGCCACCAUGGCUUCCACUCGGGCCUGCAGCAUGUGGGCUCAUCGCUCCGCUGUCCACGUCGCAAUGGGCAAUUGGAUUGGACACAAUGGAAUCCUUGCCCAUGGGCCGUCUUUGGCUUAUCCUUCAUCUGCACUUGCCUCCGCCCGAUGCCGCAAAGCCAGAAACGCAAGAAUGACGAAGACUACGAGGACGAGGGCGAAUUUCAGGCCAAGACCCCGCGCCCGAGCACAGACUACACCCGCCUGAGCGGGCCGUCUGGGGCUGGCACGCCAGCAGGUGCCGCACCUCCCCUGGCACUGGCUGGAUCCCAGCCGGGCACCGUUAUGGCCCGGGUGCCCCCGCUAGCAUUUAACGCUCAAUUUGGCUCGCCAGCGCCCGCCCGCUUGGGCCCAGGCAUGGGUGCCAUGUCGCUUGAGGGCACGAGUCUCGAUGGCUGGCUCAUGCAACUGGAAAAGUUCAAAGACGACCUCGAGUCCUUCUAUGCCAACGUUAGUCAGCAACACUCGGUGUUUAUCGCCUCCAUCAACAACAUGCAAAGUCAGCUCAUGCAAGUGAAAGCCGCCGAGGAGCACGCCCCGUCGGCUGCCGUGGCCAGCAGCCAGCAGUCUUAGGAUAUGUGGCCACUUUACUCAUGCUGAGGUGGUGGGCAUCCGUGUGGCAUCCGUUUGACCUUUUUUUUCUUGUGUGUGUGUGCGUGCGUCUGUUGCGCGCCUAUUGCUGGUUUUCUUUCCCUCGCCUCCCCCCUUGCCCCGUAGUUGGGUGGUCAAAAAACGGGUGAGCGUGCUUCGGGUACAAAGGCAUGACGCCUGCUGUGCAGGGUCAUGCAUCAAGUUGCUUACCGACGCCGAACCCGACUCUCUAAUUGGACUUUGCCUUCCCUGGUCGUUUUGCUGGUGUGAUCGUUCUGUUUUCCAUUUGGUGUUGUUUUGUCGCUGUUGGCGGUGUUGUUGUUGUCGUCAUUGCAGACACCACUCCAGGCUGUCGUAGCCGUGUUGCCGGUCUCUGCUUAUGGAACUGGCCAGUGUACAAAUUUUAUUGAGUUUAGAAGGAU